GGAACUGAGGUUCCCGCAUCACCUGCUGUCCUGCCUACACUUCUGCCUGCUGUCCCUGAGCACAGUCAUGCCUCGAGGUCAGAAGAGUAAGCUCCGUGCCCGUGAGAAACGCCGUCAGGCCCGGGGUGAGACCCAGGGUCCUAGCAGUGCUCAGGCCACUGCAGCAGAGGUUGGAGAGUCCCCCACCUCCCCUGUGUCUGGUGGUACUCCCCCGAGCUCCCCUGCUGCUGGCUGUCCCCAGAAGCCUCAGGGAGCCCCAGCCACUAGGUCUCGUGCUGCAGGUGUUUCACGCCCAAGAUCUCAUGUGGGUGCCAAGAGCCAAGUUGAGGAAAGUGAAAAUUCCUCCCAGGCCUCAACCUCCACUCAGAGCCCUCACGAUGAUCUUUUAACCAGGAAGGUGGGGCUGUUGAUGGAAUUCCUGCUGGAGAAGUAUAAAAUGAAGGAGCCCAUUAAGAGGGCAGAAAUGCUGAAGCUUGUCCACAAGAGGUACAGGGAACACUUCCCUGAGAUCCUCAGGAGAGCUUCUGAGCGCAUAGAGCUGGUCUUUGGCCUUGACUUGAAGGAAGUCAAGCCCAAUGGCCUCUGCUAUACCCUCAUCAGCAAGCUCGACCUCCGCGAAGAUGGAAGUCUGAGUGACGACUGGGAAUUUCCUAAGAGUGGGCUUCUGAUGCCUCUCCUGGGUGUGAUCUUCUUGAAUGGCAACUGCGCCUCUGAGGAGGAGAUCUGGGAAUUCCUGAAUAUUUUGGGCGUGUAUGAUGGGAGGAGGCAUUUGAUCUUUGGAGAGCCUAGGAAGCUCAUCACAGAAGAUUUGGUGCAGCAGAAGUACCUGGAGUAUCGUCAAGUGCCCAACAGUGAUCCCCCACGCUAUGAAUUCCUGUGGGGUUCAAGAGCCCACAUUGAAACCAGCAAGAUGAAAGUUCUAGAGUUUUUGGCCAAAGUCUAUGGUACCACCCCCAGUGCCUUCCCAUUCCAUUAUGCAGAGGCUUUGAGAGAUGAGGAAGAGAGAGCCCGAGCCAGAGCUGCAGCCAGUGCUGCCAGUGCUGCCACUACUGCCAAGGGCAGUGCACGUUCUAAGGCCAGGGCCAGUGCACGUUCCAGGGCCACGGCCAGUACACGUUCCAGGGCCAUGGCCAGCAGUUCCUCUCUCCCCUAGUGAGGUCAGAGGCAGAUCCUUCACCUUGUGUUUGACAAGGGCUGCCAACCUGUUAAGUAGUGAGAGGUUAAGGUGGGGCUGGAAUAAUCACAAUAUAUAUCUUCUUUGUGUUCCUGUUAUACAUUGGUAUCUUUCAAAUGUUGUUCCUUUUAACAGAAUGUUUAUUUAGAUUCUCAAUCCAAGUUUAUAAGUGACAUAAAUCACACAUUUAUUGCUGUUUAUCAGAUUUAAGAGUAAGAGUUUUGGUAUUGUGUAAUACAAUUUGAAAACCCUUGCAUCCUUUUUGGGUUCCAGAACAUGAUAACAUGGCUUUGGAAUAGGGAUUUUCUUGGAAAUGUGAAAGAACUCGCAAAAACAUAGCUGUAGUUUUAAAAUAGAUGAAAACAAAGGAAGAUGUGGUCAAAUCUUGGUUUAUCUUACUCACUUUUGUCUUUCUCUUUGUAAAAUUCAAAAAUAUAUGCCUGGAUGUUCUUAACUCAUUCAAGAAUGCAGAUAAUAUUAAAUAGCAAUAAAUUACAUUCCUUGCUAAGUGCUUCAUUUAUUCCCAUCGUGAACUGAACAU